GAUAUAAUUCAGCGGAUAAAAUCCUCCUCUCCAAAAGUGGACACGAAUUCUCUCUUCCAUCUUGUGCCCCUCCUCCGGGGUCUUGCCUCGCCACCCCCGGAGAUUUCUCCUCCGAUGUGAGCGUGAGGGAGGGAACUGUGACGAUGACCUCGUCGAUGCGGUCGUUCAAUUGGAAGUUCUCCCAGGUGUUUGGCGAGAGGCAACCCGGAGAGAAGGUCGAAGAAAUAGACAUAAUAUCAGCGGUCGAGUUUGAGAGUAGAGGGGACUAUCUUGCAACUGGAGAUCAUGGUGGUCGUGUUGUCCUUUUUGAAAGGACAAAUGGAAAAGAUCUACGAUCUAGGAAAGAGUUGGAGCAUACAGACUCUUCUGUUACCUCUCAUCCUCUAUAUUCUUACAAGACAGAGUUCCAAAGUCAUGAGAUAGAGUUUGAUUACCUUAAAAGUUUGGAAAUUGGAGAAAAGAUCAACAAGUUGAGAUGGUGUGCCAGCUCCAAUAACUCUCUGUUCAUUCUUUCUACAAAUGACAGGACGAUUAAACUAUGGAAGGUUUCAGAUCGUAGAGUAAAGAAGAUUAUAGAAAUGGACUCAAAUGCACAUAUAUCCUCAGAAAACGCGCUUCUGUCUGAGAAGAGUUUCUUGACUGACCAAAAGAUACAAUCUGUUCCAAAUGGUUACCAUCUUGAAUGGAUAACUAAAAAGCCAAAGAGUACAUUUCCAACAUAUAAAGAAAGUCCCAAAAUGAUGUUUAAGUUUGGAGAGUGUGCCUCCUCAAGGUGUCGAAGGGUUUAUUCCCAUGCUCAUGACUACAACAUUAAUUCUAUAUCAAUUAAUAGUGAUUGCGAGACAUUCUUAUCUGCAGAUGACCUCAGAAUAAACAUGUGGAACCUUGAAGUUGGCAAUCAAUGUUUCAACAUUAUUGAUUUGAAGCCUUUGGACAUGGAGGAUCUCGUAGAGGUAAUAACGUCGGCCGAGUUCCAUCCAGCAUACUGCAAUCUCUUAGCUUACAGCAGCUCAAGAGGUUUUAUACGGUUGGUCGACAUGCGGCAGUCAGCAUUAUGCGACCAGAAUGCAAGAAUUUUUCAAGACCGUGAUGCUCAUGGAUCUAGAUCCUUUUUCACAGAGAUAGCUGCUUCUAUCUCUGAUAUAAAGUUUGCUAAAGAUGGAAGACAUAUUUUAACUCGUGACUACAUGAACCUGAAGUUGUGGGACCUGCAUAUGGAAAGCUCUCCUAUAGUUAGUUUUAAGACACAUGAGUUUCUUCGUCCUAAGGUCAAACUUGGUAUCAGUUUGAUGAUUCCAAAUCAUUAUCAGUCGGACAGAUCAAAUCAGGUUGGUGAAUUUGGAUCUCUGAUCAUUUUUAUUUUUAUUUUUAAAAGGAAAACUGAAAUAAAUUAAGAUAAAUAAAAAUUAGUAUUUUUUUGAACUUCAAUAACUAUUAGAUGAAAUUUUAAAGUAUAGAUUGAUUUUUCAAAAUAUAUCCUGUCGAUCGCAUUAAUUAUUCAGUCGCUAGUUAAGAGAGUCAUGAGAACAAUCUCGAUUACCUUAAGUAGGGUGACCAAUCUUCCAAAUUUCUCUUCUCUCUCCCCUUAUCACUUGUUACACUCCUCUUCAUCUUCUAGCAGAGCAAAAGCGUUCAAUAAAAAUCAUGAUGCUGAUAUCAUAAGUGUUUGGCAUGAUAAGUAGGUUACUUUCAGCAGCAUCAGUUGGAUUUGGCUGUAUUUCAUUGCAGUUAUCACUUUAUCCUCUCUCAUUCAUUUUUUCUAUCUUUUCUUCUGGAGACACCUUUCCAGAAUUGGGAUCAGUCAAUUUUGAUCAAGAUUAGUCAAUUUGGGUUGAUUCCUGAUGAACCUGCAGGAUUGGGCUUGGGACUGGGUGUAGCAUUUAGAACUGGGAUUAAUUAAAAUUGGACGAAUUGGAUCAUUGUUUUUUAAUUAAUUUAAUUCAGUUACAAGCAAUUGAAAAUCAGACAAAAAUUAACUAGAUUGGGUCCAAUCAGCCAGGAUCCAUUGGAUUAGUAAGAAAGGUAUGAGUUUUGGCAAUAUCCCAUAGGUUGGUCAAGAUUGGUUGGAUUGAAUAUCUUAUGGUUGUACCAAGGUCCACCCUCAUUUGUUGGAUUGAAUGAUUCGAGAGAAGUCUCACGAUUAAUUUUAAUCUCUGACCAAACCAAUAGGAUUGGCCAGUCCUACAAUCUGUCUUAAGUCUUAUUCGUUUUCAUUCUUUUUAGCUUUAAUCUUGGACUUUUGAUAGCCUUUUGCUUGUACGUGUAUGAUUUGCUAUGAUUUAAGCGAUUGCAUUUGUGAAAGCAUCAUACAAUGAUUUACAUAAUUCACAAGUUUUCAAGACAAAAGUGGACUAUAAUCUUUUGAUAUGAGUUUGUAGAAGCAGAAUUUUUUUCAAAUAAUGAAGUUGAAGUUGAGGGCUCAAAGGUUUUUUUUUGUAAAGACAGAUGAUUGCAAAGAUGAGGCUUAAGCAAAUUGAUUUAUCCUGAUCAUAAAUAAGGACAGAUGGACUGAGGUUUGGUUAGGUUGAAUCUAAAAUAUGGAUGUCUUGGGUCUUUUUUGUGAUGUAUUGUUUUACACAAAUUGGUUUUGAGUGUUUUGGAGUUCAGCUUUUUUUGUCUUCACCUCCAGGAUUAUGUUUUUCUAUCUUAUGACCGCUUCCUUCUCAACAUAUUCUAUCAUCUUGUAGUUCAUCGUCAGACUUUCUGUUAGUUUUUCUGAUUGUUAUUUAGAAAGAAGAUCAGAUUGUUAUCUAUUAGUUCUCAUCGGUUAGUCUGCUGUCAAACCUAUGUUAAGCAUGAAAAUCAAAUUAGAGUAUAAUUUUGGGGUAUGAUGCAGUAUGUUAAGCCCAUUAUAGGGUAUGUAAUUUUUCUCAGAUUGGUACGUAGUAAUCAGUAAUAUACUCGUCCGAACAUGAAUGGACAUGCGAAUUGUCCAAUUUCGGACACUUCAUAUGCAGCAAAAGGCUUACCGCCUGCUUUUUUAUUUUUUAACCCUAAAAACCCUAGUGAGAGAAUACCACUUUCCCACCCUUUCUGGUGCAACCCUUAUCAUGCCCUCAUGUCAUAAACUUAGCUACAAUUGCAUAAGUUGCUAGGCAUCCAAGCCAUACCUGUGCACAAGGGUUAGCCUAAAUUUCAACCUCAUAUGGUCUUGAAGGAUGUGCAAAAUAAGAAAAGAGAGUCGAAGGGGCGAACAACAGGUAAAAUGUCAUUGUUGCUCAGAAGGUGCACAGAACAAACAAUUGAAAAGCAAUCAGAACUUAAUUAGCCUUGAAAGGUAGUCGUGGUUUUGAAUUGUCAUAGACUUAGUUGACUUUAUGUUGGUCGUGUGACACCCUUUGAUAUUCAUUCACAAAGGGUCAAUCUCUCGCAACCUCAUGUCUCGUCUGAUCUUUUAGGGAGCUGCAAGGAAAGGUUAACUUGAACAUGAGGGCAAACUGCUAUCAUCACUCCACCGAAGUGUACACUCAUAUCCCACAAAUAAACAUUGAAGCAAAGACUUUAUUGGCAAAUGUAGACUUUGUAGGCUUUGAAUGAUCAUAUGAUAAAGGGUCCAAAGUAGCUUGUCGUGCACAAACUCCCAGCACACAAGCACUCAUACUUAAUUGUUCCAGUACAAAGAUGGUCUGACCCAGAGCCCCAUCCAAUCCUGUGCCGCCCGAGAUUUUAAGGUGUCAAGAUGGUUGACAUUUUAGACACUUGAGACACCCCCAAGUGUCAAUACGACGACACCCUUUUGAUUUCUCUUCCUACAUGGUGUACCACCAAAGUUUUACAUCCCAUCGAGGUACAUGGUUGUGACCGACACCAUUGUCUCAUUGGACUCAAGUCUUUGCUCGAAAAUGUUGUUCCAUAUCAAAAAGAAAGUUCUCGAGCUCUAUAUCAUACCGAGCACCAUAAUAUCAGUACAACUCGAGUGCCCUUGACUAUUGAGUCUGUGAAUGGCCACGAGGUUUCUUUUGCCCACGUGCAACAGUCGUGUGAGAAUUGUGAUUAUCACAGUGAGGUCCUCUAAUUUCUUGGAGAUGUUGUAAGGACUAGUGCAACAUCAUUGAGCCUUCGCCAUGAAGCUCCAGUUGGCCCAUUCGAGACUUGGUCUCUUCUCACGUGGACUCGAUCAUCGCUAAGCACUUUUCACAUUUGUAAGAGAUUGGCGUGGAUGACAGUGAGAUAUGACUCAAGUUCUGACAUUCAUUCUUUAUGGCUCGUGUUUGUCCUGGUUUGCCUUGCACCACCCCUUCCUCGACGUGGAAGAUAUGUGGUCCUCUUGACCGCUAAUGUGGAUGCCAUGCUCGUCUUGAGCGAUCAUGCGAGGGGAUUGUUUGUGAUGAGUAGUACCACUUGAUUCACCAUGCUUUCUUGCCAUGGUGUAAGUCCAAUCAUCGAGCAAGGCUUACUUUUAGUUGUUUGCCUUCUUGGUCAUUGAGCAAAGCUUGAUUUCAAUUAAGCUUCCUCUGAUACCACAUGUCAUGAACUUAGCUAGAAUGCCUAAGUUGUGAGAUACCCAAGCAACACCUGCCUGCCGACCUAAGUUUCAACCUCUUGGGGUCUUGAAGGACAUACAAAAGAAGAAGAGUUUGUCGAAGAGGUGAACGAUGGGCAAAAUGUCAUCAUCAUCCAAGAGGUGCACUGGACAAACAAUUGAAAGCGGUGAGAACUUAAUUUCCUUUGGAGGACUAUCACAAUUCCGAACAAUAGCAAGGUCCCAGGUUGUCAGAGAGCUUGAUGGAGUCUCACGCUUGUACAACUAUACUGUUGAUGGCAUUAGAAGUUAUCAGAACUCUCCAACUGCUAUACCAGAGCGCCAUCCAGCUCCGUGCCAUCUAUGCAGUUCGAGAGUGCUGAGAUAGUUGAUGUUACACCGAUAACCCAUCAUGGCACAGGUAAAAAGGGCUAUUUUGAUCAGUUUUAGCUUGGGACUGCUGACGAUCGAUGGAACAUAGCUCGAGACUACUGAUGAUUGACAGAACAGCCAGCAGACUACAUUUACAGUGGAAAACGAGCAAAUUACAAGCAAAAUAAGGCUACUGUUCCACCACCCACCGCUCAUCCUGUUAUUUACAGCCAUUACAGAAAAGGGUUACGAUGAACAAAAGGACAAACUGCUCAAGCGAUGAAGGUGCUGUGUUGUGGGCUUGCUGUAGCUGUCUGUGACACUCCGCCACUUGCCUGUUGUUGCGCUGCUCCUUGAAAUUGACCCACUAGUGGUACUUCUCUGUUGCCAUUGUCACUGCCUCCUCCUCCACAACUACCUCCUCAUCGUCCUCCUCCCCCUUCUAGCACCAUGUUGUGUAUUGGCAGACUGCGUGUCAAUAUGUGGGUUCUUAUGAGUCUGGUCAGCAACCAGCAUGGGUUUGGUAUCCGAAAUUGCAAACCUUGACCCAUUAUAAAAUAAGUAAUCUAGGCUUGUUAUUGUAUGUCUAAUCAUGGUGUGAGGCAAUUGCCCUUCUAAUCAUCUUGCAUCCAUACCUUGGCAAAGUAAUUAUUGAUUGGACAGAUCUUGCACCUUGAUCCGAUCAAAUUUUCCAUGCUCUUCGGUUCUGCCUCUUUAUGUAAAUUUAUUCUUAUUGUUGCUUACAACUUGCUUGUGACUUCAAAUGUACUAUUCCUCUAUUU